UCCCCCCAACCUCUGAAGACCUCUAUUCAUGUGGCCCUGAACACUGAGCUCACAUUGUCAAAAACAGAUUUGGCUGCAAUAGCCAGCAGUAGCCUCCUUCCACCUCACCAUCCCAGAGGCAGCACUGUAUCCAGUAAGAUGGGGGACACAGCGCCCCCACAGGCCCCCACAGGAGGGCUAGGGGGGGCCCCUGGGGCGGGGCUCCUUGGAGGGGGCUCAGUCACCCCGAGAGUGCACAGUGCUAUCGUGGAGCGCCUCCGGGCUCGGAUCGCCGUCUGCCGCCAGCACCACCUGAGCUGUGAAGGACGCUAUGAACGUGGUAGGGCUGAGAGCUCAGACCGGGAACGAGAGAGCACCUUGCAGCUCCUGAGCCUGGUACAGCAUGGCCAGGGGGCGAGGAAGGCUGGCAAGCACACCAAGGCCACCGCCACUGCGGCCACCACUCCUGCCCCUCCACCGCCCCCUGCUGCCCCUCCUGCAGCCUCUCAAGCCGCAGCGACAGCCGCCCCACCGCCCCCACCAGACUAUCACCAUCACCACCAGCAGCACCUGCUGAACAGUAGCAGUAAUGGUGGCGGUGGUGGGAUCGACGGGGAGCCGCAAUCACAAGCUUCGACCCCUGGGGACCAGAGGAACUCAGCCCUGAUUGCGCUCCAGGGUUCCUUGAAAAGAAAACAGGUGGUUAACCUGUCUCCUGUCAACAGUAAGAGACCCAAUGGCUUUGUUGACAACUCAUUCCUUGAUAUCAAGAGAAUCCGCGUCGGGGAGAACCUCUCUGCAGGACAAGGGGGCCUCCAAGUAAAUAAUGGACAAAAUCAGAUUAUGUCAGGGAGCUUGCCCAUGAGCCAAGCACCCCUGCGGAAGACUAACACUCUGCCACCCCAUACACAUCCUCCUGGAAAUGGUAUCUUUAAUAUGGGCUUAAAGGAAGUGAAGAAGGAACCAGGAGAGACUCUAUCUUGCAGUAAGCACAUGGAUGGCCAGAUGACCCAGGAGAGCAUGUUUUCCAAUAGGUACGGAGAGGACCCUGUAGAGCAGCUGAUGGACCCAGAGCUGCAGGAACUGUUCAAUGAACUGACCAACAUAUCUGUGCCUCCCAUGAGUGACCUGGAGCUGGAGAACAUGAUCAAUGCCACUAUCAAGCAGGAUGACCCAUUUAACAUUGACUUGGGUCAGCAAAGCCAGAGGAGCACUCCCAGGCCCUCCUUGCCCAUGGAGAAGACAGUGAUCAAGAGUGAAUACUCCCCGGGCCUAACCCAGGGCCCCUCGGGCUCCCCUCAGCUGAGGCCCCCAUCAGCUGGCCCUGCAUUCUCCAUGGCCAACUCCGGGCUCUCUGCUUCCUCCCCGGUCCCUUCUGUCCCUCAGAGCCAGGCUCAGCCUCAGACAGCCUCGGGAGCGAGCCGGGCCCUGCCGAGCUGGCAGGAAGUAUCCCACGCCCAGCAGCUCAAGCAGAUCGCGGCCAACCGUCAGCAGCAUGCCCGGCUGCAGCAGCACCAGCCUACCACCUGGUCGGCCUUGCCCUCCUCCACUGGGCCAUCGCCAGGUCCGUUUGGGCAGGAGAAAAUCCCCAGCCCUUCUUUCGGUCAGCAGCCAUUCAGCCCACAGAGCUCCCCGAUGCCUGGGGUGGCGGGCGGCGGCAGCCAGUCGAAGGUGAUGGCUAACUACAUGUACAAGGCCAGCCCGUCGGCCCAGGGAGGGCACCUGGACGUGCUCAUGCAGCAGAAGCCUCAGGAUCUCAGUCGGAGUUUCAUGAACGCCCCGCACACAACCAUGGAGCCCCGGCAUGGCAACACUAAGCCUUUGUUCCAUUUUAACUCAGAUCAAGCAAGCCCGCAGAUGCCUUCUGUUUUGCCUUCCCAGGCUAAGCCAUCUCUCCUGCACUACACCCCGCAGCCGCCGCAGCCGCCGCAGCCGCCCCCGCAGCCGCCCCAGCAGCCCCCGCAGCCGCCCCCGCAGCCCCCGCAGCCGCAGAGCUCCAUUUCAGGCCAGCAGCCCCCGCCGCCGCCGCAGCCGCCGCAGUCCCAGCCCGCCCAGCCCCUGUCCAGUCAGCCUUUGCUAAGGUCCCCCUUGCCGCUGCAGCAAAAGAUCCUGCUUCAGAAAAUGCAGAACCAGCCCAUCACAGGCCUGGGGUAUCAAGUCUCCCAGCAGCACCGACAGGAUCAACACUCUGUGGUAGGCCAGAACACAGGCCCCAGUCCAAGUCCCAACCCCUGCUCAAAUCCAAACACCGGAAGUGGUUACAUGAACUCCCAGCCAUCACUGUUGAAUCAGCAAUUGAUGGGAAAGAAACAGACUCUACAGAGGCAGAUCAUGGAGCAGAAACAGCAGCUUCUCCUUCAGCAGCAGAUGCUGGUUGAUGCGGAGAAGAUUGCCCCACAGGAUCAGAUAAGUAGACAUUUGACAAGGCCACCGCCGGAUUACAAAGACCAAAGAAGAAACACGGGCAGUAUACAGCCAACUGCUGCUCAGUAUUCUGGUGGCUCAUCAGCUGUGAGUUUAAACUCUAACCAGGCUUUGGCAAACCCAGUUUCAACACACACCAUUUUGACUUCGAAUUCCAGCCUCAUGUCUACUUCGCAUGGGACGAGAAUGCCAUCGUUACCCACAGCAGUUCAGAAUAUGGGGAUGUAUGGAAAUCUGCCUUGCAGUCAACCUGGCACAUACAGCGUUACUUCAGGAGUGAAUCAGCUGACCCAGCAGAGAAACCCAAACCAACUGAUAGCAAAUCAGAACACCCCUCUGAUGCCACGGCCACCUGCCUUAGGGGCAAGUAAUAAUAAUAAUAACGUGGCCACUUUUGGAGCUGGACCUGUUAGCAAUUCGCAGCAGGUGAGACCAAAUUUAACCCACAGCAUGGCAAACAUGCCAGCGCAGAGAACGUCGAAUGUAAUGAUCACAUCCAGCACAACAGCACCAAACUGGGCCUCUCAAGAAGCGACAGCCAAACAACAGGAAGCCCUGAAGUCCACGGCCGCCCGCUUCCCCACAGGUGCACCUGCAGCCUAUACUCCAAACCAGUCUCUACAACAGGCAGUGAGCAGCCAACAGUUUUCGCAGAGGCCAGUGGCUCCUCCUAACCAGCUCACACCAGCAGUGCAGAUGAGACCCAUGAACCAGAUGAGCCAAACAUUAAAUGGACAGACCAUGGGUCCACUCAGAAGUCUGAACCUCAGACCCAAUCAGCUCAGCACACAAAUUUUGCCUAAUUUGAACCAGUCAGGAACAGGGUUGAGUCAGUCGAGGACAGGCCUGAGCCAGCCGCCAUCCCUGACCCCGGGCAGUUUCCCUUCACCCAACCAAAGUUCCAGGGCUUUUCAAGGAACUGACCAUGGCAGUGACUUAGCUUUUGACUUUCUCAACCAACAGACCGAUAACAUGGGCCCUGCCCUGAACAGCGAUGCUGAUUUCAUUGAUUCUUUAUUGAAGACAGAGCCUGGUAAUGACGACUGGAUGAAAGACAUCAAUCUUGAUGAGAUCUUGGGGAACAACUCCUAAAGGAGAAGAGGGAGACAAUUAAUAAACUCCACGCACUAAAAGGCAGUAUUUCACAAACUCUGUAAAGGCCAAACUCUUGACUUUUAGUUGGACUAUGUGAAGAUACCUUGGCUUACAUGUGGAAGCAGAAAGUUAACUGCAGUGCUUGGUUCAAAUGUUUGUUUUAAGUCUCAAACCUGAAAGUAAAAUCUUGGGAUCACCUUUCCCUGUCUAAACUCCAGGACACAGUAUCCAGUUUUCCCAAACAGAACUGUGAUGUUGAUGUGUAAUUAGUUGUGUAAAAUAGGCUUCCCAAGCUCCUUUCCUCCCUGAAAGAAAAGUAAUAGAGCUUGUCGCUUGCUAAAUCCCAUGUCAUAAAUCCUGAGAUUCUAGUUCCCAGCAACAAGCAACAAAUUCCUUCAUUUGCUCUAAUAGAUAAUAAGUGUGGUUUAAUCUUCCCACUCUUGUGUUUUCAUUUAGUUUUCCUAAAACAUCCAGGGUAGAUUAAAAUGUUAUAGGUUUGUUUGGAGUAACCAAACAGUGCCCCAAGUAGAGGAAAGCCAGAGAAGCUAGAGAACAUCCAAUGGAUUAUAGAGUUUCUUCCCCAGAUUCACCUCUCACUUGGUCAGUUUUCCCACGUACGCCGUACUUCCACAACAUGCCGUGUCUAGUGAUGAAACAAGAUUGCAGAGCUCUCCAACUUUAUUUGGGCUUCCACAACCAAUUCCUGAAUCCAUUUCCAAGUCUUAGAUAAAAAUCACAACUUGUCCUAAUCAUACUGAAAUAUUGGUGCAUACCUGUCUGCAUCAGAUUUCACUAUUUCAAAAAGAAAACAUCCCGUGGGACAUGGCUACAAAGGAGAUUUAUCUAGCCACAAAUAACCUGGGGUGUUGCUUAUUGUGAUCAUGCCUGCUGGUUAGUUCCCAUGCUGAGUGAAAUUGAGCCCUGUCUUCCUGCUUAUUUUGAUGACCAGAGACUGACUUGUAAGAAAACGGAGAUAAGAAGGUAUCUUGUUUUGAUUGGAGAUAAGAAACAGAAGAUCAGGACAAGAAAUGGUGGGUAUGGUUGGGUACAAAUCUAUUUCACAGGGUUUGAGGGAAAACAUAAUUGAGAGAGAAAACAAUCUGUCCUGAUUUGGGCAUAUUUUGGGUGAACAGCUAAAGAGAAUGUGAUCUGUUCUCCAGUAGCAAUGUAUUCAUUCUUGGCUCCGUGAUAUGAUACAUCUUCACCAUAUGCUAGACAGACCCUGCAUAUCCAGGUUUUCUCCCUCAGAGAUACAGAGGCACAGAGCACUGUAUCAGAGAAAGAGUUUUUGUUGAGUCAUGUCACCUCAGCGCCCACACACAGAUCAGCUAUAAAAUGGGGAGGACAUGUGCUGAUUUGGAA